AUGCCGUUCACAGACUGUAGCUACUCCACGCUUCUCGCUACUGCGGUCGCUUUGCCUGCCGCCGUUGUUGUAGGCGUCCAUCUCAUUCUCUAUCUCCUCGACCCAUAUGGCAUACGACGCUACCCAGGACCACUACUUGCAAGAUUUUCUGAUGCCUGGCUGGGCUAUGUCUCGCAACAAGGCCACAGGUCAGAGGUUAUCCAUGAAAUGCAUCUCAAGUAUGGUCCAUUCGUUCGCAUUUCACCCUCAGAGGUCUCGGUAGCGGACCCCGAUGCGCUUGCCGUUGUCUAUGCCCACGGAAACGGCGCUUUGAAGUCAACCUUCUACGACGCAUUUGUUUCUAUCGAACGCGGCCUCUUCAACACACGCGACCGCAAACAACAUGGCCGGAAACGCAAGAUUGUGUCCCACAUCUUCUCUCAGAAAAGCGUGGUCGAAUUUGAGCCACAUAUCCGACUAUACGUGGACAGUCUGCUCUCGCAAUGGGAUCGUUUAUAUGACAGCGCAUUGAAGGGAGGGUCUGGAGCCGAGGGGGAAAGCGGUUGGACUGGGAGGAAUGGCCGUCUCUGGCUUGACUGUCUUCCAUGGGCCAACUAUCUCGCGUUCGACAUCAUCGGAGACCUCGCAUUUGGUGCGCCGUUUGGCAUGAUUGAAGCCGCCCGUGAUGCUGCGCCCGUUCCAAGGGGCGGGCCAAAUGACGUUACCUUCGACUCCAAAGACGAAACUGCCGUGAUGCAUAUCCCCGCUGUCGCUGUGCUGAACGGUCGCGGCGAGUAUUCAAUGUCUAUGGGUGUUUUGCCAGCAUGGGUCAGACCAAUCAUGCGCAAAUUCCCCUGGUACAACAAGGGACUGCAAGAUGUCAAAAAGCUGGCCGGGAUUGCUAUCGUCGCUGUCGCCAAGCGACUUGAUGGUGGGCCUACAGACCGUGUGGAUUUGUUGAGCAAGCUGCAGCAGGGUAAGGACGACAACGGUGACCUGAUGGGUCGUCCAGAGUUGACCGCUGAAGCUCUGACGCUGCUGAUCGCUGGAAGUGAUACAACCUCCAAUUCGACUUGUGCCAUUAUCUAUUACCUCGCUGCAAACCCUGCUGUUCAGGAUAAGCUCCACAAAGAACUCGACGAGCAGCUUGGCACCGAAGAUGAGCGUGUUGCAACCAGCUUACAGGUCAAACGAUUACCAUAUCUUGACGCAUGCAUCAACGAAGCUCUUCGUCUGCAUUCUACCAGUGCGCUAGGACUUCCUCGCGUUGUUCCCGAAGAGGGUCUGACACUCAAUGAACACACGUUUGUCCCAGGAGCGGUGCUCUCUGUCCCCAGCUACACCAUUCAUCGUGAUCCAGCGGUAUGGGGUUUGGAUUUCGAAGCAUAUCGCCCUGAACGGUGGUUCGAAGAGGACAAGAAGGACCUCAUGGCAAAAACGUUCAAUCCUUUCUCUGUCGGUCCAAGGGCAUGUGUAGGACGUAAUUUGGCGUCUCUGGAACUGCAGAUAAUUGUCGCCUCGAUCCUACGCAGGUUCCACUUUGUGUUGGAAUUCCCAGGAGAGGAGUUGGAAACACGCGAAGGCUUUUUGCGGAAGCCGUUGCGUUGUCAUGUUGGAAUCAAGCGUCGAGAUACGUUGUGA